AUGCUGGUGGUCCUGUUCACAGCGGUCUUGCUGACCCUGAGCUAUGCUCAGGAAGCAGAACUUCAGAGCCUAGACCAGACACCAAAUCAGAAACCACCUCCACCAGGAUUCCCACCAAGACCACCUGCUAAUGGGAGCCAGCAAGGCCCACCCCCACAAGGAGGCCCACAGCAGAAACCACCUCAGCCUGGAAAGCCCCAAGGCCCACCCCCACCAGGAGGCCCACAGCAGAAACCACCUCAGCCUGGAAAGCCCCAAGGCCCACCCCCACCAGGAGGCCCACAGCAGAAACCCCCUCAGCCUGGAAACCAACAAGGCCCACCCCCACCAGGAGGCCCACAGCAGAAACCACCUCAGUCUGGAAAGCCCCAAGGCCCACCCCCACCAGGAGGCCCACAGCAGAGACCUCCUCAGCCUGGAAACCAGCAAAGCCCACCACAAGGUCCCCAAUUCGGCAGACCACAGGGAUCUUUCCAGAGUUUGGGUCCUCAGUAA